UCCCAGUGCCCACCCUUCGCUCCCGGGGGGCUGCGGGACCCCCGCGUGCCCCGGCGAUGUCACGGGCGGAGGGGACACGGAGGGGACACCCCCGCCGGUGCCGGUGCCGGUGCCGGGGGCGAGGCCCGGCUCUCCGCGGGGAUCCCGGGAGCCCCGGCCUGGCAGCCCGCGCUGUCCUUGCAGGGCAAGCAUGGUCCAUGUGAUGGGGGAUGCCGCCCGCUGCCUCCUGCUCGGCCUCUCGCUGCUCCCCAUCGCCGUCCUGGGCUCGCAGGACGAGGGGAAGCUGAUCCACAUCCACCGGGCGCAGCACCGGGCGAUCCGUGUGGGGCUGGGCGAGCCCGCCACGCUGCCCUGCCUCUUCCAGCUGCACCCCUCGGCCUCGCUGGGCCCCAACGAGCCCCCCGAGCCCCCGCGGGUCAAAUGGAGCAAGGUGCGCUCUGCCGGGGGCCGCGGCGAGGACGCGCCCGUGCUGGUGGCCAAGGGCGACGCGGUGAAGGUGGCCAAGGGCUACGAGGGCCGAGCGUCGCUGCCCGGCUACGGCCGUGAGCGCUCGAACGCCUCGCUGGAGCUGCGGGCGGCCCGCGCCAGCGACGCGGGGCUCUACCGCUGCCAGGUGGUGGCGGGCAUCGAGGACGAGCAGGAGCUGCUGCCGCUGGAGGUGACGGGCGUUGUGUUCCAUUACCGCCCCGAGGGCCGGCGCUACGCCCUGAGCUUCCCGGCCGCCCGUCGCGCCUGUCGCGACAACUCCGCCGUCAUCGCCUCCCCCCGGCACCUGCAGGCCGCCUUCGAGGACGGCUACGACAACUGCGACGCGGGCUGGCUCAGCGACCAGAGCGUGCGGUACCCCAUCACCCUGUCGCGACCCGGCUGCUACGGGGAUCGCGACAGCCUCCCCGGGGUGCGCAGCUACGGCCGCAGGGAGCCCGCCGAGCGCUACGACGUCUACUGCUACUCCCGGGAGCUGCGAGGGACGGUGUUCCACGCCACGGCCCCGGGGCGCUUCACCUGGCAGGGCGCCCGCGGGCACUGCCGGAGCCGGGGGGCGUCUCUGGCCACCACGGGCCAGCUCUACCUGGCCUGGCGACAGGGCCUGGACCGGUGCGACCCGGGCUGGCUGGCGGACGGCAGCGUGCGCUACCCCAUCCGCCAGGCGCGCAGGAAGUGCGGGGGGGAGACCCCCGGCGUGCGGACCCUCUACCAAUUCCCGAACCGCACCGGCUUCCCCCCGCCCGCCUCCAGGUUCGACGCCUACUGCUACAAAGCCGCGGGGCUCGGCGACGCGGAGGAGCCGGUGCUGCCGGUGCCACCCGCGCCCGAGCCGCCCGGCAGCGACAACGUGCUGGUGGAGCACGGCGAGGAGCCGGGCGCGUCCGGGGACACCCGCGACAUCCCCCGCCACCGCUACGACCUCCUGCCACCCCCGGGCCCAGCGGGGCCGGGCGAGGAUGAGGACGAGCAGCUGCGGCCGGGCGACGGCGGCCCGGUGGCACCGCGCGGUGACCGCCCGGGCACUGCCCUGGCACCGGAGGCACCGGAGGCACCGGGGACGGGACCGGGCGGUGCCGCAUCCCCGCCGCCCACCGCGGGCCCCUCGCCGGCGUGGCCUCACCACGAGGAGCUUCUCAACGCCGUGGAUCGGGCUCCGGAGAGCUCCCGGCAGGAUCCUCCCAGCGCCGGCCCCGCUCCGGGAGACCCUGAGGGAUCCCCGGUGUCCUCGGCACCGGCCGGGCUGGGGACUGUCCCCAGCGAGGCCCCGGGGACCCCCAGCGCCCCCCCGGGCAUCUCCAGCGCCCCCAGGAGGAGCUACCCCGGCCUGAACGGGCGCUACUUCCAGCUCCAGCGGCACGGCCGCGACCCCGAGGUGACAGCAGGGGACACUGCAGUGGCACCUGGGGACCCCACGGUGGCAGCAGGGGACCCCACGGUGCCUGGACACCCCGAGGUGGCCGCAGGGAUUGUCACCCAGGUCCCCGGGCUGGCGCAGGAGGCGAAGGGAGCCGCAGCCGGCGCCGCGGAGCUCUGGAGCCUCCCCCGGGCCGGCAGCGAGAGCCCCCCGCGGGAGGGUCCCCACGCGCCCCCCAGGGCUCUGGAUGGGGACAUCGGGCCCGAGCUCACGGCCCCGCCCGCCGCCGCCGUGUCCCUCCCGCCGGCCCCGAGGGAUUCAGGGACCGCCGCAGGGACCCCCCCGGCCCCGGCCCCGUCCCCCGCCGCUCCCCGCGACGCUCGGGACCACCGGGACAUCCCCGGAGCCCGCGGGGACUCCCCGAGGCCACCCGCGGAUGUCACCGAGGACUUCUCCGGGGACGCCCCCUCCCAGGAGAGCUCCGAGCCCCCGCUGCCCCCGCUGCCCCCGGCCCCGCUGGUGGCCGAGGGUCCCGAGCUGUCCCCGCAGCCCCGCGGGGACGGCGGCGGGGCCGGCGGGGACGGCGCGCUGGAGAGGCAGAGGAAGGCGGUGACAUUCCCGGAGCCGGGGGCUCCCUCCCUCCCCGAGGGACACCCCGCCACCCCCGGCCACACCCGGGGGGCUUCUCCCGGGCCCACUGCUCCCCACGGGGCGGCCCGACCCGGCCAGGAGUGGCCGGGGCAAUCCCGGGAUGUCGGGAAUGGCACGGACCGGCCCGGCCAGGAGUGGCAGGAGGAAUCCCGGGAUGUUGAGAAUGGCACGGCCCGGCCCGGCCAGGAACGGCCGGAAGAAUCCCGGGAUGUCGGGAACGGCACGGCCCGGCCCAGCAGAGUCGCAGCCGCGUCCCCCCCGGCCUGGGAUGUCCCCUCACCGUCCCCGUCCCCCAGGGCCACCGAGGCGGUGCUGUGGGCCAGCACCGAGCGGCCGGAGGCGAUGCUGGAGCCGGGGGUCGAGGAGGGGUCCACCGGCUUCGCUGCCCCAGAGCCGCAGCCCACCCCCCGCUCCGAACCGGGGGCAGCCGAGCAGUUCCUCCUGUCCCCCCCGGGCCCCCCGCGGCCCCCCGGCAGCCCCCCGGCUGUCCCCACACCCCCGGACGCUCCAGCAGCCCCCGGUGAGGAGGAUUCCUCCGGGGAGGCCAAGAGGGAAGAGCCCCCCGCGCCCUCGGCUCGGCCCCCCCGCGGGCCCUGGCCGUCCCCCGGUGUCCCCUGCCCGGUGGGGACAGAGCCCGCGGGGUCCCCGAGCGCGGGGCUGCUCCUCGAGCCCUCGGCGGAGCCAGAGCUGGGGGGCACGGGGGGGUCCCCGCUGCUGGACGGCGACAGCGGCAGCGGCGAGGAACCGGCGCUGGACGAGCGGGAGCUGCUGGCCUGGGGGGACACCGGCAACGGCGGCGGGCACGCGCCGCCGGACCCGUGCCACAGCAACCCGUGCCUGCACGGCGGGACGAGCCGCGCCAACGGCACCGUGUGCGGCUGCAGCUGCGCGCCGGGCUUCACCGGCGAGAACUGCGAGAUCGACAUCGACGACUGCCUGUCCAGCCCGUGCCAGAACGGCGGCACCUGCAUCGACGAGGUGAACUCCUUCGUGUGCCUCUGCCUGCCCAGCUACGGCGGCAGCCGCUGCGAGAAAGACACGGAGGGCUGCGACCACAACUGGCACAAGUUCCAGGGGCACUGCUACCGCUACUUCUCCCGCCGGCGCUCCUGGGAGGACGCGGAGCGCGACUGCCGCCGCCGCGCCGGGCACCUCACCAGCAUCCACUCGCAGGAGGAGCACGCCUUCAUCAACGGCUUCGGCCACGAGAACACCUGGAUCGGCCUCAACGACCGCAUCGUGGAGCAGGACUUCCAAUGGACCGACAACACCGGGCUGCAAUACGAGAACUGGCGGGAGAACCAACCCGACAACUUCUUCGCGGGCGGCGAGGACUGCGUGGUGCUGGUGUCCCACGAGAUCGGCAAGUGGAACGACGUGCCCUGCAACUACAACCUGCCCUACAUCUGCAAGAAAGGCACAGUGCUGUGCGGGCCCCCCCCGGAGGUGCCGAACGCUUUCCCGGUGGGGAAGAAGAAGGACAAGUACAACAUCCACUCCAGCGUGCGCUACCAGUGCCACCAGGGCUUCACCCAGCGCCACGUGCCCACCGUCAGGUGCCACAGCACCGGCAAGUGGGACCGCCCCAAAAUCCUCUGCACAAAACCCAGGCGGUCCCACCGAGCGCGGCGGCACCGGCGGCACCGGCACAGCCACCCGCACCGGCAGCACCGGCAGCACAAGGAGCGGCGGAAACACCGGCGGCACCCGCGGCUGGACUGGAUGCGGGAGGGGCACUACUUCUAGAGAGAAGAGGGAGCCCCCCCGAGCCGC